AUGGACACUCAACCGUCGUUCGGAGCUGCUACUGGCAGUGAUUACUUCCAGCGAUCCCAGUCACAACCUAAACCACAGCCUACGCCGAGUCAAAAUGAAUCAAAGAAGCAUCUUAGAAUGUGUUGGAUCUGUCAUGACGAAGUAGAACCGACGUAUGAAGAGACGGGUUUCUUAGAUGGCCUUCGUAAUCGACGGCCAAAAAGGCAUUAUGUUUCUGAGGAUGGAGGCCGCCUCAUCAAUCCGUGUCUUUGUAAAGGCAGCGUUAAAUACGUCCACGAAGAUUGCUUGAAACUCUGGAUGAACGAAAACCCCAACGCUUGGAAGUGUGGCCGAUGUCAUUAUCAGUAUAGGAUGGAGCGGUUUACGUGGGCCCAACGGCUCCGGAGCCCACUCGUAGCUCUCGGACUCACCGUCCUUAUCCUCCUCGUGACCAUAUUUCUACUUGGGUUUGUAGCCGACCCUCUUCUCAACUUGUGGCUUGAUCCUGUUGGUACCAUAACAGAGUCGGUCACGACAGGUCACAUUAGUUUAGAUGACGAUAUUGAUCUACUAUCCGAGGAAUCGGGUUGGUUCGGUCACUUCAUAAAAGGACUUUUCUCGCUGGGCCUGCUUGGGUUCGUCAAGGCAUUCCUUGUUAUGAGUCCGUGGCAAUGGUGGAACUUGCGGACUAGUGGCCUCAUAGGUGGAGGAGGUGGGCGUCGUGCUGGGACUGGACGUGAGCGCGUGGAAAAUAUUAACUUGGCUCUCGUCGUCAUCGGCGUCUUCACAUUCUUAUACACGGUGUGGAAAGCUACACGAAAAUGGACUGAGAGGACCCUCGAUAGGGCGAGCCAGAGGAUCCUAAAUGUACAGCGCGAUAAUAAUGAUGAUAGCGCUGACGAUAGCGAUGACGAAGAUUAG